AGAGGGGGAACACAUCCUGGUAUAAAACUGUUGACAUUCCGUAUUUCGCAUCAUACGUUUGUGAAACAGAGAAGCUCAUCGGUGGAUCAACAGCAAUUUUUGGUGUGCGAUUAAUAGUGGUGAAAAUAAUUUCUCAAAUAAGUGAAUCGAUAAGAAAGCAGAAUGCAGAUCUUUGUUAAGACUUUGACGGGUAAAACCAUCACGCUUGAGGUUGAGCCUUCCGACACUAUUGAAAAUGUUAAGGCCAAGAUUCAGGAUAAGGAGGGCAUUCCUCCAGACCAGCAGAGAUUGAUCUUUGCUGGCAAGCAAUUGGAAGAUGGACGUACAUUGUCCGACUACAACAUUCAGAAGGAGUCUACCCUCCACUUGGUUCUCCGCCUGCGUGGUGGCAUGCAGAUCUUCGUCAAGACUCUGACUGGCAAGACCAUCACCCUUGAGGUUGAGCCUUCUGAUACCAUUGAGAAUGUCAAGGCUAAGAUCCAAGACAAAGAAGGAAUCCCUCCAGACCAGCAGAGGUUGAUCUUCGCCGGAAAACAGUUGGAAGAUGGCCGCACCCUGUCUGACUACAACAUCCAGAAGGAGUCCACACUUCACUUGGUUCUCCGCCUGCGUGGUGGCAUGCAAAUCUUCGUAAAGACACUCACAGGAAAGACCAUUACUCUUGAGGUUGAGCCUUCUGACACUAUUGAAAAUGUCAAGGCUAAAAUCCAAGAUAAAGAAGGUAUUCCUCCAGACCAGCAGAGGUUGAUCUUCGCCGGAAAACAAUUGGAAGAUGGCCGCACCCUGUCGGACUACAACAUCCAGAAGGAGUCUACCCUUCAUCUGGUACUCCGUCUCCGUGGUGGUAUGCAGAUCUUCGUAAAAACCCUGACUGGAAAGACCAUCACCUUGGAGGUCGAACCUUCGGACACAAUUGAGAACGUCAAGGCUAAAAUUCAGGACAAAGAGGGCAUUCCCCCAGACCAGCAGAGAUUGAUCUUUGCAGGAAAGCAGCUGGAAGAUGGCCGCACCCUGUCUGACUACAAUAUCCAAAAGGAGUCUACUCUUCAUUUGGUAUUGCGUCUCCGUGGUGGUAUGCAAAUCUUCGUCAAGACAUUGACCGGAAAGACCAUUACCCUUGAGGUGGAGCCGUCUGAUACAAUUGAGAAUGUGAAGGCGAAAAUUCAGGACAAGGAAGGUAUCCCACCAGAUCAGCAGAGGUUGAUCUUCGCUGGCAAGCAGUUGGAAGAUGGUCGCACUCUUUCUGACUACAACAUCCAGAAGGAGUCUACUCUUCACUUGGUUUUGCGUCUCCGCGGUGGUAUGCAGAUCUUCGUGAAGACCCUGACUGGUAAGACCAUCACUUUGGAGGUCGAACCCAGCGACACUAUUGAGAAUGUUAAGGCUAAGAUUCAGGAUAAGGAAGGUAUCCCACCAGAUCAGCAGAGGUUGAUCUUUGCUGGCAAGCAAUUGGAAGAUGGACGCACUUUGUCCGACUACAAUAUUCAGAAGGAAUCAACCCUUCACUUGGUUCUGCGUCUGCGUGGUGGUAUGCAGAUCUUCGUGAAGACCCUGACUGGUAAGACCAUCACCCUGGAGGUCGAACCCAGCGACACUAUUGAGAAUGUUAAGGCUAAGAUUCAAGAUAAGGAAGGUAUCCCACCAGACCAGCAGCGAUUGAUCUUCGCUGGCAAGCAGCUGGAAGAUGGCCGCACCCUAUCAGACUACAAUAUCCAAAAGGAGUCUACUCUUCAUUUGGUAUUGCGUCUGCGUGGUGGUAUGCAGAUCUUCGUCAAGACCCUGACUGGAAAGACCAUCACUUUGGAAGUUGAGCCCUCUGACACAAUUGAAAAUGUCAAGGCUAAGAUCCAGGACAAAGAAGGCAUUCCCCCAGACCAGCAGCGAUUGAUCUUCGCUGGUAAACAAUUAGAAGAUGGCCGCACCCUUUCCGACUACAACAUCCAAAAAGAAUCCACCCUCCACCUGGUCCUCCGUCUCCGCGGUGGCAUGCAGAUUUUCGUUAAGACCCUGACUGGUAAAACCAUCACCCUGGAGGUUGAGCCCUCUGACACAAUCGAAAAUGUCAAGGCUAAGAUCCAGGACAAAGAAGGCAUUCCCCCAGACCAGCAGAGGUUGAUCUUCGCCGGCAAGCAGUUGGAAGAUGGCCGCACACUCUCCGACUACAACAUUCAGAAGGAGUCCACCCUCCAUCUGGUGUUGCGCCUCCGCGGUGGACAGUAGAGAUGGACGAUGAGCAUAUUAUUAUAAAAUCACUCGAGAAAUUUACAAAUCGCUAUACUAUUUGCUAUAUGAUUUUUGUAACUUUACUUACUUUCAUUGACAAGGCUGUAAUUUGAUUUUUAUACUUUUCUUAAAACGAGCAAAGUUACACCAAAACAUGAUUUGAGGAGAAUAAACGCAAUCAUUCACUUUUCUUAUUCGAAUCUCCUUUAUUCUGUGCGUAGCGAGUGCACGUAGGCUUUGAAGCUCUUGAUGGUAAAUUGUGAGUGUGUUAACCAAAUAAUAAAUGUCUUAACCAUU